AUGUCGCUGACCCCGGGGACCGAGCUCUUCCUCUGCGACCCGUCCGCAACGCAGGGUAGCAAGCCUCUGCUGGUUGUGGGUCCAGGCCAGGCGCUGGAUGACCCUAGCCCUGCUCGGCAGCAGGCGAGGCUGUUCCCAGAGCCGGGGCUCGCCCCGCGGAGGAUUAGCAUCCGCAGGAACAUGCUCAGUCUCCACCGCCAAGUCCCUGCUCUUCUUUCCUUCCUGCACUGGCUGCCCCGCUACCCGUUCAAGGACUGGCUCCUGGGAGACAUCAUCUCGGGCUUCAGUGUGGGCAUCAUGCACCUGCCCCAGGGGCUUGCCUACGCGCUGCUGGCUGGGCUGCCGGCUGUCACCGGUCUCUAUUCCUCCUUCUACCCCGUCUUCCUCUACUUCUUCUUCGGGACAUCCAGGCACAAUUCCGUGGGCCCCUUUGCCGUCAUCUCUGUCAUGAUUGGAAGCCUGACGGAGUCCCUGUUGCCCAGCGAGAUGUUCAUGGAGGUCAAUGGGGAGGAGCGGGACGCUGCCAGGGUGGAGAUGGUGGCCACCAUUACUGUCCUGACGGGCAUCUUCCAGGUGGCCCUGGGCCUCCUGCAGUUUGGCUUCGUGGUGACCUACCUCUCAGACCCACUGGUGCGUGGCUACACCACCGCUGCCUCUGUGCAUGUUCUCGUCUCCCAGCUCAAGAACGUCUUUGGGGUCUCCAUGGCCGAGAAGUCAGGGCCGCUUUCACUGUUCACGACCAUCAUUGAGAUCUGCAAGAAGCUGCCAGAGACCAAUGUGGGCACCCUGGUGACAGCCAUCAUUGCCAUGGUGGCCAUCUUCAUCGUGAAAGAGCUCAACCACAAGUUUGCUGCCAAGCUGCCUAUGCCCAUCCCCAUCGAGCUAAUCACGAUCAUCAUCUCCACCGGUAUCUCCUACGGCGUCAACCUGAACGCCAAGUUUGGAAUCUCUGUGGUGGGCAACAUCCCCAGCGGGUUGAAGCCGCCCGUGGUCCCUAACUUCAGCUACUUUGGGCAGGUGGUGGGCAACGCCUUCGCCAUUGCCGUGGUGGGCUACGCCAUCUGCAUCUCCCUGGGCAAGAUCUUUGCCCUGAAGCACGGCUACAAAGUGGACAGCAACCAGGAGCUGAUUGCGCUGGGCUUCUGCAACUUCCUGGGGGGCUUCUUCCAGUGUUUCGCCAUCAGCUGCUCCAUGUCACGGAGUCUGGUGCAGGAGAGCACAGGGGGCAACAGCCAGGUAGCCGGCGUCAUCGCAUCCCUGGUCAUCCUGGUGACCAUCCUGAAGAUAGGAGAACUCUUCCGGGACCUGCCCAAGGCCAUCUUGUCUGCCAUCAUCAUCAUCAACCUCAAGGGCAUGUUCAAGCAGUUCAACGACCUCUGCAUGCUCUGGAAGUCCAACCGGGUGGACCUGAUGGUCUGGAUUGUGACGUUCGUGGCCACCCUCAUGCUGAACUUGGACAUCGGCCUGGGGGCUUCGGUGGCCUUCGGGCUGCUCACCGUCAUCUUCCGCACCCAGCUCCCCCACUACUCUAUCUUGGGACGCAUCUCCGACACCAACAUCUACAGGGACGUGGCUGAAUACCAGAUGGCACAGGAGGUCCCGGGGGUGAAGAUCUUCCGCUCCUCCUCUACGCUCUACUUUGCCAACGUGGAGCUGUACGCUGAGACCCUGAAGAAGAAGAGUGGCAUCAACGUGGACCGCCUGAUCGAGAAGAAGAAGAAGGCCAUCAAGAAGCUGAAGAAACAGCAGAAGAAAGCAGAGAAGGAGAAGGCAAAGAGGAAAAAGGACACCGUCUCCAUCAAGAUCCUGAAGAACAUCUUCAGGGAUUUCCAUGAGAUUGAAGUGGACGUCUUCGUUGCCGGCUGCCCGGUGCCUGUCCUUGCCCAGCUGGAGAAGGGCAACUUCUUCAGCGCAGCCAUCACCAAGCACAGCUUCUUCCCCUCGGUGCACGACGCCGUGGUCCACAUCAGCGCCCCGCCCCGCGGGACCCACCCAGUCGCGCCAUCCCCACCCCGCUAA